GCCUUUACCGUUCGUUCUUUAGGGUUGCCUUGAUUCUCGGUUGACUUCAGAUUCGGUAUAGAUCUUCUUCCGCACUGAUCACGCGUUGGGCAAUUAUGACGACUCAGCGGCAUUCCCGCUACUAAUAGACUUGUCGCCGAUAAGAAAUAAAAGGACAAGUUCUUCAGCUCGUUAUCAAAGCCAUAAUGUGCUUCACUUGUAUUGGGAUUCUCAGCGCCUUAUUCCUCAUCGCAAAGGCACUCUUUGUUCUUGUUGCUCUUCAUGUCUAUGCCUACUGGUUGGAUUUAUAUGACCUACGGAGAUAUCCAGGCCCAUUCCUUGCUAAAUUCUCCUAUAUUUGGCUUGUAUGGACUGGGUGGACUCUUCGUCGUUCACAGAUACUAUAUGAGAUACAUAGAAAGUAUGGCCCAGUAGUUCGCAUCUCACCUACCGAACUUUCCUUCAGCUGCUCCGGAGCCUUUUCUUCCAUCUAUUCCCGAGGCUCUAGCGUCACAAAAUCUAACUUUUACGAUGCAUUCGCUACCAUCGGACUUCCAUCCAUAUUUUCAACUCGCCAGAAAACCGAACACAGCCAAAAGCGAAAGAUGAUGUAUCAUUUCUUCACUCCGAAGACUGUUGCCGAGUUUUCUCCUCGAAUCACUUGUGCAGUUAAUGGUCUCCUUAAAGAGUGGGAUACUCGGUUUGCCGGCCCGUCUUACAGCAAGAAUAGCCAAUGCGUCUGGUUCGAUUGUCUACCGUGGUGUGCCUUUUUGUCUUUCGAUUCCAUCGGUGACUUUAUUUUUGGGGAGUCUUUUGGUAUGGUUGCAGCUUCCCAAGACACCGUCAGUAUUCCAAAGGAUCCACGUCUCACUCUUGAACAUGAGAUACCAAAUGAGACUAUGGAAGUAUCUCUCAUGGAAAUUGCAGGUAGCCGGGAGACAUACAAUUACUUCGUUGGAAUACUUCCGAGUUGGUGGAAGCCAAUGGGACACGCCGUACUUCGAGGACCAGUAAAAAACGGGCUACUGGUCGCCAGAACCGUUGCAUACCUGUUGUCGCAACGUUUAUCCCUUGUGACCCAAGGAGAUGCUAUGGAUCUAGUCGGCAGAUUCCUCCAACGACAGAAACACCAGACAUUUGAACAAGAACCAUUGAUAGUGGAAGUCCUGACAAUGCUUGUUGCCGGCUCCGACACGACAAGAAACUCCAUCGCCGCUGCCAUCUAUUACAUUUCAAGGUCACCCGAAAUUCAGGCGAAGCUUCGUGCUGAGCUUGAUGCACACAUACCUGGGAAUCACUCUGUUUCCUUCGAGGAUGUCCAACAACUGCCAUAUCUCGAUGCGUGUAUCAACGAGACUCUUCGCAUGUAUUCUGCCGUACCAGGUAGUCUCCCACGAGUAGUGCCCGAGGGUGGUAUGUCAAUUUCCGGGCACGAUAUUGUUGCCGGGGCCACCGUCGGCGUUCACAUUUAUAGCCUUCACCACGACCCUACGGUUUGGGGACAUGAUGCUGACACCUUCAGCCCUGACCGUUGGCUCGAAAUAGAUACUGAGGUGAUGAGAAGAGCAUUCAAACCUUUUUCUGAUGGACCGGCAGCAUGCAUAGGAAAGACCUUGGCAAUGGUCCAGCUUCACAUCGCUCUUGCUUCGGUAUUCAAGCGGUUCGAGAUCAUACCUGAGGAUCCAGAUGAUGCUCUUUUGGUCGACGAUUGGUUUGUAAGACGAAUAAAGGGUUGUAGGAUCGGGAUACAUCGUAGAAAUACUACGUGAUGGCUUUUAGAGCUCGAAUCAAUGUACAAAUAUGAUACUGCCCUAACAGCGAAGAGAUGAUUCUGAUUUCUUGUACUAAGGGAGACCGUAAACUCGUUUCAGAUUUGCUCGGGAUAUGUAUAUUAUACUUCAGUUGCCUCAGUCUGACAGAAGAGUCGUAGUCUUCUCCUCUACAACGCUGUUUGCAAGCGUACCAAUUCCACCGCCCAUCCAAGUCAACAUUUGAUCCCCAUCUUUAAGGUAGAGAGGUGGAUUUCGGACGAACCCAACGCCACUAGGAGUACCGGUCAUAAUGAUUGAGCCCGGCUGUAACGUCGUGCCUUGUGACAGAUAAGCAAUCGUCCUUUUAACGUUAAAAAG